CACUGCGCUUACGUGAAGUGGUGAUGGCAGUCUCGCGUGAGGAUGGAUGUUUCUGUGUGACUAGGAACCUGCUAGGAGGCGACACUUAGCUCAGCUUUUCGGGAGGUGUAAGUAGCGAUGUGUAACUGCGGGCUGUGUUAGGGAAGGCUAAACUGUUGGACAUUACUUGUAUUACCGGGCUCCCUGUUGUCUUUCUCCUGCACGGUUUCCCUUACUGCUUCUUGUCCCGGUAAAGCCGACGGGGAAGGCCAUUGUAAGUCUGCAGCUCACUGACAUCAGGGGACCCCAAUCCAAAAGUGAGUCGAGAUGGAAGGCUUAGGGGAGAAGAAGCCCUGGGGGAAGCUUAUUAGACUGUUUGGAACUGAGACGGAAUCUUCAUCUGAACAAUUUCUUUACAAAAAGGAAUGGACAAUAGGCAGAAAGAAAGCAUGUGACCUGUCUUUAUCUGGAAACAAAUUAGUGUCUGGAGAACACUGCAAAAUCACAGUGAAUGAAGAAUCUGGUCAUGUUUCUUUAGAGGACACCAGCACAAAUGGCACAGUAAUCAACAAACUGAAAGUAAUAAAGAAAAAGUCAUACUCCUUGAAAAAUGGUGACGUGAUUUAUGUUGUCUAUAAGAAAAAUGAGCCAGAACAAAAUAUUGCUUACCUAUACAAAUCCUUAAACCAGGGACAAGAUAGUAUGCUGGAUCCAGCAGAUACCUCGGGUUCAGAGGAAGCUGACACUCAGACUUUGUCAUCUCAAGAUGAUCAGCUGUCAUAUGAGGAACCUCAGCCUUCCACCUCCACAUCCAGUCUUUUCAGCACACCUACUACCUCUGCAAUUCCUGGAGUACAGCUUGAGAGUGGUGAGACGUCUGGAGAAAGUCUUGGAGGCCACAGCUCCAAAUCCGAUGAAAGCCCUGCGAUGAGAGCUGAUAUUCCUGAAUCUAAUUUACCAGCACAAGAGCAGGGUUCUUUAGGUCCUCCAAAAAAGAGAAUGAGAACAGUUGUAGAAGACCAUUGGACAAGCAACAAAAAUGUUGUUUCUGAAAGUUGUCCAAAAGGAGCAAUCAACGAAAGUAUGAAGCCAGAUAAGAUGGAGGAAACGCUCACCUGUAUUAUCUGUCAGGAAUUGCUACACGACUGUGUCAGUUUGCAGCCAUGCAUGCACACUUUUUGUGCUGCCUGCUAUUCCGGUUGGAUGGAACGUUCUUCCUUCUGCCCCACCUGCCGCUGCCCUGUUGAGCGCAUCUGUAAAAACCAUAUCCUGAACAAUUUGGUGGAGGCUUAUUUGAUCCAGCAUCCAGAGAAAUGCCGCAGUGAGGAAGACAGGUGUAGUAUGGAUGCACGGAAUAAGAUCACACAAGAUAUGUUGCAGCCAAAGGUACGUCGGUCAUUCUCUGAUGAAGAGGGCAGCUCUGAGGAUCUGCUGGAGCUUUCUGAUGUGGAUAGUGAAUCCUCUGACAUAAGCCAGCCUUAUACUGUAUGCAGGCAGUGCCCUGGAUAUGUGCACCACAGUAUGCAACCCCCACCAUAUCCUUCUGACACAGAAACCUCACGGACACAAGGAGAUGCCCCUUCUACCUCUACCAACUUUCCUACAGCUACCCAGGAAUAUGUGUGCCCUUCACAUGGAAGGCACGUAAUCUGCAAUUGCUGCUUCCAGCCGAUGCCAGACCGAAGGGCAGAACGGGAGCACAAUUCUCAUGUGGCACCACAGCAAUGCACUAUAUGUUUGGAGCAUUUUUGCCACAUGUACUGGGGAUGCAACCGGAUGGGCUGCUUUGGGUGUUUGGCUCCAUUCUGUGAGUUAAAUCUAGGAGACAAAUGUUUGGAUGGGGUUUUAAAUAACAAUAACUAUGAAUCAGACAUCCUCAAGAAUUACCUGGCAUCCAGGGGGCUCACGUGGAAAGACAUGCUGAAUGAAAGCUUGGCCGCUGUCCAGAGAGGGGUGUUUAUGAUUCCUGAUUACAGGAUAAAUGGAACGACUGUACUCUGCUACUUCUGUGGGCUGAGAAACUUUAGAAUUUUAAUUUACCAGUACAGACAAAACAUCCCAGCUUCAGAGCUACCAGUGACUGUUACUUCUCGGCCAAAUUGCUAUUGGGGGCGGAAUUGCAGAACUCAGGUUAAAGCUCAUCAUGCAAUGAAAUUCAAUCACAUAUGUGAACAAACCCGCUUCAAGAACUGAUAACUGGCAAUGCUUGAACUAUCUUGCACCUCUUUUUGAAGUGGGAUCAAGACAAAGAAUAAUAUCUCUUUGGAUUGGGUCUUAAAACUUCUCUCUAAAGUGAAAGAGAGAUUGCUCAUUGCAAUGUCUGUGACCUCAACGUAUUCAUUAUAACCUUCUGUUCUAAUAACUUUAUUACUAGUGGGCCUUCACUUGUCCUCAUAGCUGUCACAAGUUAAUGUAUCAGUCACCUUCCUUGUGUUCAAUACAGAGGGCUCUAGAUGUGGUUAUUCCACAGUUGUCUCCGGCUAUGCAAAGUGUACGACAUCAGGCCCAUUUUUCUCAGCUCUCAUUUGAGUGGCUAGCCCAUUGUCCGCUGUCUUUGCUCUGAUGGGCAACAUAUCAACUUUUGAAUUUGGUUUUUGGAUUUUUUAAUAGGUAAUGUUUUUCUGCCUUGAACAGCAGCAGCCCUGUGUUUUACAGGCUUACCUAACUUAACCGGAAGUUUUUUUUUUUCUUAUGUCUGUAUUCGCUUAGACAAAAAAUGAGAUCGCAACGUAAAAGUCCCUUGCACCCUGAGAUACUACUGUAUUACAAACAUAAGCAGUUUAAAUCCUCUUCCUUCCAAAUGGUUUUCACACGUUAUAUGCUAAACGAGUUCAAAGAGCAUAUGUAUUGUGAAUCAUUCAUACGCUUCUUCUGUUUUACUCACACUUUACAUGUAUCUGAGAUGCAUCCAGCUGCACUUGGUGGUGGAAAAAGGUAGAAUGAUUGCUAAAAUGCCAGUUAACCUCUGCUUUUAUUGUUCGUGUUCAUGUAGCAUGUAUGGGGAAUGCUACAGUACAGUGAUUGGGCAAUAUAGGCAAUAGAACAUUUACAUUUAUGUGUACUUCGUUGCAGCCCCCAUUCUGGGCUCCACACCAAGUAUAAAGGGAUUGCAUACAUACCCAAAUUUUAUUAAGUUGUCAUAAUCAUCUCUGGUCUAUAUGAUUUUUUUUAUAUUAUGAUUGUGCUUCUUAGUGGGUCCUUGAACACAGGGGCCACUAUUAAACAUAACUUUGCUGUAUGCUUUUGUUGGCUAACUGUGGGCUAUAGUAUAUCUGACUAGUCAUUCCCAACAGCCAAUUGGACAUUGGCAUUCCAGCAGAGCCAGCUAAAUGACAGCUCUGAGAACAAGGUGCAGUUGUUGUCUGCUUAGCAUAUUCACACUUCUGUUGGUUCAAUUCCAACCAGUGCACAAUCUGCAGGGAGUUUGUAUGGUCUCCUUAUGCCUGGGUUGUCACCCACUCAAAAACAUACAUGUGGGCAGCUUGAUUUGGCUCCUGAUAAAACUGAACCUAGUAAAUGUGAUAGGAACCUUAGUUUAUAACUUCCCUGGGACAUGAACUGAUGUGUAAUCAUUGUAUAGCACUGCAGAAUAUGUUGGUACCAUAUCAAUAAACAAUAGUAGUAUCUUCUCCUGGGAUAUGGACUAUAUACUAAGGAUUGAUUCCAUGACCCUGUAAUAUUUAACCUGAAAUGUGGUGUAAAUCAUCAAUUGUACAGAACAGUAAAAGGAAUACUGAUGUUACCCAGACUCCAUUUUGCCCUACUCGUUUAUUGGGUAACAUCACUUUUGUUUCUGACGCUGGUAAUGUUGCAGAAGCACAGACAUGAACGUUCUAUGGGUGCAAUCAUUUAUAGCACUUUUUUUUUUUUUGAACAUUGGUUACUAUUUAGUAACAGGUGAAAAAAGAAUUGUCAUAUGGAAGGGUGUACAAUUCUAAUAACAAAAAUCUGCUAUUUCUGUCUGUCACCCGUGCAAUAUUUUGACAGCUUGUUUUAAGAGUGUUAACUCGUAUUCAUGACUGCUUUUAUUUGAUCAGUUUUAUAUUUCUGUAUGACGGCCUUUUAUAAUGUUGUUUUAGCAGCUCGCAGACCUUGGGUUUUUUAUUAUUCGAAGGCAGAAUGCUACUUACUGCAAGUGAAAACUGUUAAAGCCCAUCAAACGACAAUAUUUCAACUUUCUGUAGAUUUCUGUGUUGCCUAUUUUUGUAUAUGUUGUAAAAUGAAGCUUUGUUCCCCAAUAAGGUAGAAAGAUUUCCAUGUUAACAUUGCUGGGUACAGCUUGCUCCUGCUGUGGGACCACACGGAUGGUAUUCACAUACACAAAGCUUACCUGAGCAUUGUUACAGAUGCACAAUUGGGAGCAUUGCACUCUAGGCAGGUAGUAAGUAUGGGGCUUCCUUGCACUUGGUGCAACUACAGUGCACAGUUUGUCCUAGCCUUUGGUCAAUACAGCACGAUCAUGGGGUGUUCUACCUGUUCAAAUCCACUUGUUGAAAGUGCUGGGUGCUCAACCGGAAGACCCUUCCCUUGCACAGGGUCAAAAGUACAUGUAGCGAAUAAUCCAGAAGCACACCAGAAUCUUGCUCAAUGAAAUACUGUAGGUGCUUUAUUUAGCCCAUGUGUAUCUGAAAGAAAGAGGGCAAAGUUUCGGGCCCUUCUGGACCCUUAUGUACAUUUGCAGUCCUUGGCACAACAUGACUAUUUGCCGCCUUCUUUUAUACAGGCCAGCACUAGGUCCUGUGACAGUCCAUGCUUUUCUUACGUUUCCCUUCCGAAGUGAAUAAGGGAUGUAUAUUCCAAGCAUGGUGUCGGUCAAUACUGUAACUAAUAAAGCACAGCGCAAUAUGGUGGCACUCUGAAAAUACAUGUUAAUAUAAUAAAAAUGUUCUUCCUCUUUUUAUAACCUGUGCUUGCUGCAGAAUAAAUUCCUUCAAGCAGA